AUGGCCCUGCGCGGCGAGCGCUUCAUCGUCAGCCUGUCCGACGCCGAGGACGACGCCCCCGCUCCUCCCCACAGCUCCAUCCCCGCCCUCCAUGGCUUCGUCGCCGACAUCAAAGAGCGAGAGCCCUCCGCGCCCGCCGCCCCAGCUCCUCCGCGGCUAGCUUCUACAGCAACAGGGUUUCCGCAGCCCAGGAAGAGGAAUGCUCCGUCGGCAUUCAGGCGACAGCGUGCGACGCAGAAUGCUGCUGCCACCGCGACUCCGCCGCCAGCGAACGCACCGCGCUCGACCCCCGCGACAGAUGAGCGACGCGCCAUCGACGAGGAGAAUAAACAAAGACUGGCGUCUAUGGGAGCUCCUGAGAUCGAGAGAGAACGUGCCGAGUUGAUGUCGGCUCUGUCGCCGUCCCUCAUCGAGCGGCUGCUGAAGAGAGCCACGAUCUCAGAUGAAGAAGGCUCAAAAGAACGACAGGCAACCAACAUUAACGAAGAGAGCUCACGGCCAGCUGAUAUUCCUACCAAAACUCCAACUGAAGAUAUCCCCCAAGCUUCUACCGAAAUACACCAGGCAAACACCCCUUCCCACGACGACACCCCACCUCCACAGGUGCCGCAGGACAUCUACCCGGCCUCCCGACCCCCCGCCCCCAUCCACUUCCCCAGACCUCCUCUCCGCGACUCGCCCAUGCCCAACCUCGAUCCCGCCUCGCCGUCCUUCCUCGCCGACCUGCAAACGCACUACUUCCCCGAGACGCCGCACAACGCCUCCUCGCUCUCCUGGCUGACACCCUCCGCGCCCGACACACCGCCCACCUCCGCCUACCACCCGAACAGCAUCGCCACGUCGCUCGCGCCCGCCGCCCUGCGCUUCUCACUCACCGGCGCCCUGCUCGCGCCGCGCACCGCGCUCGCCCUGCCCACCACGCUCGGCCUCCACCACCACGCCAACGACCCCGAAGCCGCCGGCUACACCAUCUCCGAACUGGCCAUCCUGUCGCGCUCGGCCGUGCCCGCCCAGCGCUGUCUUGCCUGGCAGGUCCUGGGCCGUCUGCUGUACCGCCUGGGCCGCGGCGAGUUUGGAGAGAAAGGGAAUGCCAUGGCCGAGGGCCUGUGGAGUGUGGUGGAGCGCGAGAAUGUCGUGGCGGCUAUGCUGGAUGAGGCUGCCGGAGGGCAGGGAGGGACCGAGCCGGGCGUGAGGACGCGGAGUGGAGGUAUUGGGAGGCAUGCGAGUGCGAAGGCGUGGGCGACCGAGGCCGUGUGGCUGUGGCGGCGUGGGGGAGGCGGGGAUAGAGGCCUGGUGAGAGAGGGCGAGGUGAGGUCGAAGUGA